UGAAGGAAGAGAGGCGUAGAAGUUGUUUUUUUCUGCACAGAAUAAAUUUGUGUAGACUUGACAGUGAGCCUGCGUUCGGUCAUUUGAAAAUCCUCCUUUUCCUGAAAAAAACACGCUGCAGUAAAUUUAUUUCGACAGUGUUGUUCAGGUAGACGCGAGUGUUGUAGUUGCACAAUGAGUAAAAUCAUCAAUAAAGGCGUGAACCUACGGGAUAAAAUCAAUGGAAACGAGAUGGACCUCAGCCUUUGUAACCUAACGGAAGUCCCUGUUAAAGAGUUGUCUGCCUUUCCGAAAGCCACUGCCUUGGAUCUUUCCUGCAACAACCUCACCAUCCUCCCUUCAGAUUUUUGCGGCCUCACACACCUGACUAAACUGGAUCUGAGUAAAAACCAGUUGAGUCAGCUACCUGCAGAGCUGGGGCGUCUCAUCAGCUUGCAGCACCUUGACCUCUACAACAACAAGCUCACCAUGUUGCCUGUCAGCUUUGCCCAGUUAAAGAAUUUGAAAUGGCUCGACCUCAAAGACAACCCCUUGGAACCCAGCCUGGCCAAGGCCGCAGGUGACUGUCUGGACGAGAAGCAGUGUAAACAGUGUGCAGGCAGGGUUUUGCAGUACAUGAGGGUAAUCCAGGAGCAGGAGGACAAGGAGAAAGAGCGCCGCCUACAGCGAGAGAAAGAGCUGGAGAAGAAGAGGGAAGCACAGCAGAGGGCGAAAGAGGCCAGGGAAAGAGAGGCUCGCAAACGGGAGAAGGCAGAAGAGAAGGAGAGGAAGAGGAGAGAGUAUGAUGCCCAGAGGGCUGCAAUGGCCUCUCAGGAGAAACCGAAGAAGAAGGAGCAGGUGGAUGGAGAGGCGAAGGGAAAUCACACUGUAGUCAAGAAGUCUGCCCCCAGGCCAAGGCGUUCUGUGAUUAGCCUCCUGCUGAAGCUGCUGCUGUUCCUAUUGGUGGGUGUCCUGGCCGUGGUGGGGGUGUGUCAGAUGACAGAGCUGCGGCAGGAGGCGACUUGUGUUUCUAUAAAUGUCAUGUACGAGGAGGCUGUAUCCCAGGUGAGGGGACAGGAGGUGGUCCGGCGGAUUUUACAGAAACUCUCCGUGCAACAGCCAUAAACCACGACCCCUCGUUCAGCCUAAGAGGUGUACAGAAGGGCAUACAAUGAGGGUGGGUGCGGAUGCAGUUAAAAUUCCUAUGGAAUUGUUUUUUCUUUUUUUUUAUUCCAAGCUGUAAAUGAUCACCAGCAGACACGUUAUUUCUGGGCAGUCUUCUGACUAAUCAUGUUUUAGCAUCUUGCUGUCCUAGCGCUGCCAAAAUGAAAUGGUAAAGCUUGAUUUGCUCAUCAUGCACUACUCUUCUUUCAAAAGAACAGGUUGCAGGUACAAACGCAGAUGAUGAAUCUUAAUUUUUAACUUUAUUAUGCAUUCCCAAUCAAGAAGAGCUGCACACAGUUUUUUGGCAAAUGUUUGUUUUUAAUUUCAUUGCAUUUGCAUGUUUAGAGGUUGAAUGUAACUACACUGUUGGGAUACACUGACAUACCUAUCAGUUAUACUUCUGGUGUAAGUGAUGCAUCAAAUACAGUGCUAACAAUAUAGCUUGUGGUUUGGAGACUCAGGCCACAUGAGUGUAUAUUUGUGUCUUCCUUUAAUGCAAACUGAGCAAGAGUCCAUCAUUUUACACAAAUUAUAGCCUUUCUGUGUCUGAAAUUUUAAUUCCUACACACUUGGCAUCCAUGCCAGGGUGCAAAAAAAGACACAUUGCACAAAGCUUAUGUCUUUGUCUUUUCUUGCUGGCUGGUUGUGAAUUCUGGUGGCUCUGUCCAGGUUAGCAUGACUUCUCUGGAGUCCUUCUUCAGGCAUGGACAACUGUGAUUUCAGCAGCUGUAUAUUAUCCGCGGUGAACUGGAAAGGUCUGAAAAAUCUGUGUGGAUGUUCUUGUAAGGAAAAAAAGUUAAUCAUGAAAAUAAAUCUGCUACCGGCUGAAGGACAA